AUACCUGGAGCGGAUCUUCAAGUACGCCAAUUGCAGUCCUUCGUGCUUCGUGGUGGCUUAUAUCUAUCUCGAUCGGUUCGCGAAGAAACAACCGCUUUUGCCGAUCAACUCUCUCAAUGUCCAUCGGUUGCUUGUUACCAGUGUCCUUAUUUCGAUCAAGUUCAUGGAUGAUAUGUGUUAUAAUAAUGCUUACUACGCAAAAGUUGGAGGGAUAUCAACGGCUGAGAUUAACCUGCUUGAAGUCGACUUCUUAUUCGGAUUGGGGUUCCAAUUAAACGUGACACCGAACACCUUUCAUGACUACUGUACAUACCUCCAAACGGAGAUGAGGAUGAUGGGAUUUCCUCCUCUGUGCUCAGCUCCACAAGUUCCUACCAUAGUCGCAGAUCAUUGUUCCAUCAACGAAGAUGAUUGCCAAUCUCAACAUCAUCAUCCACAGCUAGCCGUUUAAGGAUCUCUGGACAGAAAUAUGGGUUGACUUUUAAGU